AUACCCUGCUGAUGAUGUCCUGGAUUGUGGCCUCAAGCCAUACACUCCCCUGGCUUUUUCUAGGCUCUCCGCAGAUCCCAUGGGCAGAUACGGACAGACCGAUAGCCUAGGGCCAAAAUGCUAUCUCGACCCUGCAAAGCCGGCAGGGGCGUCAGCUUUGAGCCCUAGGAUCGAGAUCACUCCGUCCCAUGAACUGAUACACUCGGGGGGUCCCUUCCGCAUCAGAGACACAGACCUUUUGGUAGAGCAUCUGCCCACCUCCGCCACCGCUAGCCCAAGGUUUACCCUGCCUGUCCCCGGCUUUGAGGGCUACCGAGAACCGCUUUGCUUGAGCCCCGCUAGUAGCGGCUCAUCUGCAAGUUUCAUUUCAGAGACCAAUUUCUCUCCUUACACAUCGCCAUGCGUCUCACCCAAUAAUGGCCCCAGUGACGACCUUUGUCCACAAUUUCAAAACAUCCAUGCUCAUUAUUCUCCUAGAACCUCUCCAAUAAUGUCUCCACGAACAAGCAUCACGGAGGACACCUGCUUGGGACGCCACUCACCCUCACCCCGUCCCAACUCCAGGUCGUCGUCGCCAGGCGCCAAGCGAAGGUAUUCUUGCGCUGAGCUCUACAACGCUCAGCCGCCUUCCGCUUCUCCACAUCAGUCCAGGACCCCUUCUCCGCAGGCAUCGCCCCACCUUGCGCUGAGGGAAGACGGCUCCUCAGUCACUUUCACCCAGUUGCCCAACUCCGCUAUCAUGGAUGCCCUGAACAACCUCACUACGGAGCCCGCUUGUGGCAUCCCCUCGAAAAUGUGGAAAACCAGCCCGGAUCCUUCACCGGUGUCUGCCCAAAAACCCAGCGCGCCACGCCACAUGUACCCACCUGUGGAGUAUCUUGGCCCUUGUGAGCAAGAGGAGAGGAGGAACUCAGCAUCGGAGUCGAUUUUACUGGUGCCUCCGACGUGGCCGAAGCAGCUGGUUCCUGCCAUACCGAUCUGCAGCAUCCCUGUGACCAACCUUCCACCUCUUGAGUGGCCUCUCUCCAAUCAGUCAGGGGCUUAUGAACUGAGGAUCGAAGUGCAGCCCAAACCUCACCACCGUGCGCACUAUGAAACAGAGGGCAGCCGAGGGGCAGUCAAAGCUCCGACGGGAGGUCACCCUGUGGUUCAGCUUCAUGGAUAUAUGGAGAACAAGCCCCUAGGCCUCCAGAUCUUCAUUGGGACAGCAGAUGAAAGAAUACUGAAGCCACACGCUUUCUAUCAAGUCCACCGUAUCACAGGGAAAACCGUCACCACCACCAGCUAUGAGAAAAUUGUGGGGAACACCAAAGUGCUAGAGAUUCCACUGGAGCCCAAAAACAACAUGAAAGCCACCAUCGACUGUGCUGGGAUCCUGAAGCUGAGGAAUGCCGACAUCGAAUUGCGGAAAGGAGAGACGGACAUUGGGAGGAAGAACACCCGGGUCCGCCUGGUUUUCCGGGUGCACAUCCCUGAGUCCAGCGGCCGGAUUGUGUCUCUGCAGGCUGCGUCCAACCCCAUCGAGUGCUCCCAAAGAUCUGCUCACGAACUGCCUAUGGUUGAGAGGCAAGAUGUUGAGAGCUGUGUGGUUUAUGGUGGACAACAGAUGAUCCUCACUGGCCAGAACUUUACAGCAGAGUCUAAAGUUGUAUUUACUGAGAAGACCACAGAUGGACAACAAAUUUGGGAGAUGGAGGCCACCGUGGAUAAAGAUAAAAGUCAACCUAGUAUGCUUUUUGUUGAGAUACCUGAGUAUCGAAAUAAACACAUCCGCACCCCUGUGAAGGUGAAUUUCUAUGUAAUCAAUGGGAAAAGAAAAAGAAGUCAGCCUCAGCAUUUCACAUAUCACCCAGUUCCAUCCAUCAAAACAGAGCCCAUUGAUGAAUAUGAUCCUGCCUUAAUCUGCAAUACAGUACACAGUGGUCUGGGAACAGUAACACAGCCUUACUAUUCACAGCACACAAUGGUCACUGAAUCCCCUUCCUGUCUUGUGGCCACUAUGGCUUCCUGCCAGCAGUUGCGUUCAGGUCUAUCUCCUCCUGAUUCUCGAUACCAGCAACAGAAUCCAGCCGCUGUAAUCUACCAGAGAAGCAAAAGUCUCAGCCCCAACCUCCUGGGCUAUCAGCAGUCCACUUUGAUGGCCUCACCCAUCUCCAUUUCAGAUGCUCACAGAUCGGUGCUAAUGCAUGCUGGCUCUCCAGGCCAGCCCUCAGCCCUGCUCCAUCACUCUCCGGGCAACCAACAGCCUUCUCCGGUGAUUCACUAUUCCCCCACCAGCCAGCCGCUGAGGUGUGGAACCCACCAAGAAUUCCAACACAUCAUGUGCUGUGAAAAUUUUACAUCCAAUUCAGCCCGGCCCAGUCAGCCACAGGUCAGUCAAGCUCAGAGGAUAAGUCCAAGUUCAUACUCUGCAGUGAUUCAACAGCAGACGGCCACAAGCCCAUCAGCCGCCAAAAACGGACCACCGGUCACUGAUCAAAAGGAAGCGCUACCAGCCGGAGUCACUAUUAAACAAGAACAGAAUCUGGACCAAGCAUAUCUGGAUGAUGAGCUGAUAGAUACACACCUUAGCUGGAUUCAAAACAUAAUAUGAAACAGAAUGACUGUGAUCUUUGAUCCGUGAGUUCAAACUUAAAGUUAAUGAGAUUAUCAGGAAGGAAUUUUCUGGCCUCCCUGCCAGAAAUCAGACGUAGAAGAAGCAAUUAGCAAGACAACAUAUAUUGAAUCCUUCCGAAACUGAACUCUUGGAGUCUCCCAUCGCCCCUGCUACCACCUUCUCUUUCCUUUACCGUUCAUCUCAAAGCCCAGAUUGAACAUGACGAAACAAUGUAUUGGCAUAAAGCUGACGUUCUUGAUUAAGAUGCUCACCACCUCUCUCUGUAAACAUCGCAAAGGCCAUUCUUCCUUUUUUUUCAAAGAUCAUUUUGUACAACCUUAAAAUGGAUGGGCGUUUCAACCAAAGUACUCAUGCCUGCUGCAAAAACUAAGAAUAAGAAAAAUCAGUCCAACGGAGCACUGCCCUGAGAGAGAGUCACUUGUGUCAUCAGAGGAAAUGAAAAGGCAAAACCAGAGAUGUGCCUCCUUACCAAAUGAAAUCACAGCCCUUAUGCUGUUUUCCAGGUCAGAACUCUUGUGUCUGUUGAGAGAAAAGAGUGCUGAAGUCAACCAAUCUGAAGGAAAAGACAUUUAAUAUUUCCUGUGCCCGGCCAGAGGAAAACAGAAGCCCAUGGUAAAAUAGAGAAGAUGAAAAAUAUAAUGUUGUUCCUCCAGGUUACUCUACUCCAGCCUGUAGUCUGCUCCAUCCAAAAUUUUAUUUUAAUUUCUUUCUUCUGUCCUGAAAUUGUUAUGGCUAAUACCAGGGCAUCUAUUAGAUAUUUUUAUUUCAAGUUGUGAUGUUUUAAGUUUUAAUUACUUUAUUUUUCAGCUUUGAAAGGCCUUCAGAAAGCUAGAGGUAAAACUUUCCUGACAGCCUCUUGAAUAAUCCAUGCAUGAGGCCCGGUGCUAACAUGUAGUUUUUAAUAUACCAAAGAAUGUUAACAAACAUAAGUAAGGCUACAGAUAUUUCUCUGUCACCUGUAGUUUGUACAUCUUAAUGGCUUUUAAAGUUUUAAGGGUUCCUUUUUUUGUUCUGUGUUUUGUUUAAACAAUGCCAUUGCUUAAAGUAUUAAAAGCAUGUGUAGUAAAAAUAUACCGUACCAUAGAAAGGAUAGAGCAGAGACUAAUGAUAUUGUAACAAAGAGAGUGCAGUAGAUAUUUUGUUAAAUAAGGCAAUCAAUAUUAGUAAGUGCUUUAGUAGGGUUUUUUCCUGAGAUGAAAGCUUUAUUGUGAGACAUAUGGGAGUAAGUUUGGGGGCCAAAGAACAGAGAACCUCAAGUACUAAGACUCCCAUUUCACUGCCCAAGAGAAAGAAGUUCUCACUGCCUCCCAGUAGUGUCUGGAGACAUGAAAGGCAAAGUUCAAGGGGAACAAAUGUUGGAUUUGCCACUUUGGUUCCCCCUCACCUAAAUGAACAAACUAAUCGACCUAAUUCAGGGAUCACCACAAAAGUGCCUCACCUGAUGCCUGCAGCUCUUACUCGUGCAUAUUUCAGGUCAGUUCAGUUAGAUGCCAGGGAAAUAGAACUGGCAACCGUUAAAAGUU